CAGUCAAGAUCAGCCUUUCCCGGACACUCAAGUUUUCUUUCCUCCAACCCACUAUCUAGCUUUGCUUCAUUGACCUCCGCAUCUCCGCCUUUGCCCACAUUCAAUUCCAUUCCUCCAGCAAUAUCUCAAUUUCCAGCGCCCCUCCAAAGGUUGGAUUUCACAGGCUGCAUAGUUGACACCACCGGACCUGUUCUUCAGCACCAGCAGCGACAGCACUUUAGUGGUCCGCAGUCUGCCCCUUCCGAGUGCAGCCUUCUUCCUGCUGCACUUUCUUCUCCUCCACUAAGAAGUUACUACUCCUUUAUUAUCUACACAUGA